AUGCGUCGAGCCUAUCCUCAUCCUAUCCAUGACCCCGAUUCGAAGCUCAAGGCUUUAAUAUCUACCGAUACUUCAACAUGGCCAGACACACUUGCCACAACUUCUAGCACUGCUCUUUUCUCGUCUCUCGGUAGCACUCGGGCGGACUCUGGUUCCCUCGAACUUCAACGCAAAAUCGAUGUCGAUCUCAACGUAGCCGUCGCGCGCGCCGCGAAAGAAUCUGGCGUCAAAACAUAUGUUCUCAUUUCAUCUAUUGGCGCAUCAUCAGCAUCACGGUUCCCCUAUAUACAGAUGAAGGGGGAGUUAGAGGACGCAGUGAUUGCUCUUGGAUUCGAAAAAACCGUUAUUCUAAGACCUGGGUUGAUUGUUGGUGGUAGGGAAAAGACUAGAAUGAUGGAGCAGCCACUCCACCACAUUGCAAAUCUGCUUGGCGCUGUGUCUGGUGGAAUGCUGAAGAACUCUUGGGCACAGGAUGCAGACGUUAUUGCGAGAGCUGCUAUCAGAGCAGGAAUGGAAGACGCAGUAUGGGAUGGAAAGGGGACAGAGAGCAAUGGAAAGAAGUUUUGGGCAAUGUCCCAAGCAGAUAUUGUGGCUUUAGGGAAGGAGCCAUAA